AUGGCCUAUACCAUGUUGGAUGUUGUGCUUGUGAUUAAUCCGGCCAAGAUGCAAUGGCAUAUUCAUGUGUGUAUCGUCCGGUUGUGGAAGAUGAGUAUCAGUGAUUCUUCUCAAGAUGCAACCUCCGUGGAGAUGAUCUUGUGUGACCAGGAGGGUGAUAAUAUCCAUGCAACGGUGAAACCUGAUUUCGUGGGUCGACACUCACAGAUCAAUAUUUUAUAUGCAACCUCCGUUAGACCAUUCAUUGAUGAUGGAAAAGUGGACAUGUAUGGAUUUGCUUUUCAUUCCUUCAACCAAAUUCUUGAUCCUCAGUUCGAUAACUGUUAUUUAGUGGUUUUUGUAGAUGUCAUUGGGAAGUUGGCUGGCCUGAGUGAGAUCGAGCAGUGUAUGGUGAAUGGUCAUACCCAGCGACGGAUUGACAUCUCUCUCAUUGAUGUAGAUAUGGAGUAUUUGGAGUGCAUUUUGUGGGGGAGGUUUGCUGAGGAUAUGGUGGAUUUUAUGGGGAAGUAUCAAGUUGGGCCUAUCAUUGUGAUAAUCUGGUCUUGUAAAACUAGAGAAUUUAAAGGAAUAGUAUUGGCUGAUUUAGUGGACUUACGAGGGGACUGUGAGUGGACUUAUCUUGCAGCAAGCAUUGUGCUUAGGAAUGCCCUUCCUGAAGAUGUGGUGGAAAGGAUUAUUGGACGGCAGUAUCUUUUUAAGGUUAAGGUUCUAUCAGAUUAUGUGGGUGGGUCAUCAUUUUCAUGCCGAGUUAUACGUAUGACUGAUGAUAGAGAUGUCAUAGAUACAUAUCUUGCUUCUUUGAACGACGGCCACGAUAGCUCUGCCCAUAAUCUCGGCGGUGCUGUUGAGGAGUAG